AUGAAGUUCUUCAGCUUGCUGGCGGCCAUUGUCCCAGCCGUAUCAGCUGCAUCAUGGACAUCGACGCCCUUCACCCCUCACGCCAUCCCACUUGCCGUCCGUUCGCCCUAUCUGUCAACAUGGCUCCCGCAGGGAGCAGGCACCGCACUUAACGCUGCAUGGCCGACCUUCUGGACGGGUUCUAUCCUCGGUUGGGCCGGUUACGUUAAGGUCGAUGGCACUACCUACACCUACCUCGGAUUGCCGACCGCGACAGGAACCACCAACGCGGUGCAGAAGAGUUUCUCUUUCACGUCGACCCAGUCGCAGUUCGUGCUUACUGCCGGCAGCGUUGACAUCACGGUCACUUUCCUCUCCCCUAUCGAGCCUACAGACCUGGUCAAGCAGUCCCUGCCGUUCUCGUACAUGUCGGUCUCUGCCAAGUCCAACGAUGGCAGCUCGCACUCGGUCCAAGUAUACACGGAUAUCAGUGCGGAGUGGGUCACCGGCGAUAACUCGCUUACUGCGAACUGGGCGACCUCGACGGACAACAACCUGAUCAUCCAUCAGGCACAGCUUGCGAGCCCGUCUCAGUUCUCUGAGGUCAACGAUCACACACAGUAUGGUUCUGCUUACCUCGCUUCGUCGUCUACUGGCGCCACCUACCAGACCGGCCAGGACACCGUUGUUCGUCAGCAGUUCGUCAACAAUGGCAAGCUGGCAAACACGAAGGACACUAACUUCCGUGCUGUAUCGAACAACUGGCCCGUUUUCGGUAUCGCGCACGACCUCGGCUCCGUCGGAAGCACCGCAUCUGCACCCGCUGUAUUCGUUGUCGGUCAUGCUCGCGAUCCUGCAAUCCAGUACAUCACCGCUGGUGGUGUCCUUCAGAGCCGUAGCUCGUACUUCUGGAGUGCAUACUCGUCGGCAGCUGCAGCAAUCUCGGCGUUCAUCAGCGACUACAGCGCCGCGGUUACCCGGGCGGCUGCGUUCGACUCCAAGAUCCAGACUGACGCAUCUAAGAUCUCGACUCAAUACGCUGGCAUUGUUGCCGCGUCGCUCCGUCAGGCUUUCGGCGCUACUGAGAUCACUGUCGCGAAGACCUCCAGCGGCUACGACACGUCGGAUGUGCUCAUGUUCAUGAAGGAGAUCUCCAGUGACGGCAAUGUGAACACCGUGGACGUGAUUUUCCCGGCCUACCCUGCGUUCUUGUACACCAACCCAGAGCUCGCGAAGUACCUUCUCCUGCCACUGUUUGAGUAUCAGGCCACCGGACAGUACCCGAACAAGUGGUCCGUCCAUGAUAUGGGCGCGUCGUACCCCAAAGCAUUGGGUCACAACGAUGGAAAGGACGAGCCUAUGCCUCUUGAAGAGAGCGGCAACAUGCUCAUCAUGACCCUCGCAUACACGCAAGCAACGGGAAACAAGGAUCUCAUCACGAAAUACUCCGCUCUCCUUGACCAAUGGACCCAGUUCCUUAUCGCCGAGGCACUUAUCCCCGCCAACCAGAUCUCCACCGAUGACUUUGCUGGCUCGCUGGCCAACCAGACCAACCUCGCGAUAAAGGGCAUCAUCGGCAUCCGCGCUCAGGCUGAGAUCGAGAGCUUGCUGGGCAACUCAGCCACGAGCUCGAACUACAGCUCCAUCGCGAGCAGCUAUGUCAGCCAGUGGCAGAACCUCGCUCUCUCCAGCGAUAAGACACACUUGACGCUCUCUUACGGCGACAGCAACUCAUGGGGUAUUGCGUACAACCUCUACGCGGACAAGUUGCUUGGCUUCAACUUGUUCCCCCAGAGCAUCUACAACUUGCAGGCGAACUGGUACUCGCAAAAGGAGGGCGCCUUUGGCAUCCCGCUUGACACGCGCCACACCUACACCAAGAGUGAUUGGCAGAUCUACGCUGCUGCGAUGCUCCAGUCUACUUCGACAUCCGUGCGCGACCAGCUCGUCUCGGGUGUCUACAAGUACGCGUCCAACUCGGUCGCCGGCAACACUGAGCCUUUUGGUGACUGGUAUGAGACCACCAACGGCGUGUACACCAACUUCAGGUCGCGCCCUGUUGUUGGAGGACACCUCGCUCUCCUGGCUCUUGGCAGCAGCAGUGGCGGCGGCGGAUCGACGCCCACAACAACGACCACAUCUGCGCCCAGUGCGACCACGACGGCUGCAAGUUCUACUUGCUCUGGCGUCGCCGCGUGGGUAAACAACGUCGCAUACGUAGCCGGGGAUCAAGUCACCUACAACGGCGUCCUUUGGGUCGCCAAGUGGUGGACAUACGCGGAUGUUCCGGGCGGCCAGGCUGGUUCGUGGGAUCAAGUCAAGACAUGCUAG